CUUCAGCCUUACAGACUGACAAAAGACAGGAAUAGUAGUUUUUGUCGAACAUUAUGAUUUAAGUACUCCACUACUCUGCACAAGGAACUAACACCAACUCCCACUACACGUUUCAAUAUAAAAAUGGUCAAUGUCUUGAUCCUAGGAUCUAGCGUCGCUGCUGGCCAAGGCGCACUGAAGAGCGGUUGGGUUGCAAGAUGGGCACAGGCAUCGAAAAGCGCCUCCAGUAGCAAGACCAAUAAACAUCCGAUGGCCACCCUUUUCACCGACCUCAUAUCGCCUCCUUCGCAAAGGCCACUCAAAAUCGUCAAUCAUGCGGUCGGUGGGACCACCGCAGAUUAUUGGUUACAAGCAGUCAGAGAGCAUGCUUUUUCUUCAUCAAAUAACGCGACUUCGAUUUACCAAAACGUCGACUGUAUUGUCCUCAGCCUAUCAGCAGCAAACGAGGGUCUAUCUCUUGCCCAAAGGCCUGAGGACUUGCGGCUGGUAGAAGAAGGGUUCGUAGCGCAGAUGCAACAACUGAUUUCGUUCUUUGCAAAGCAAGCAGAGGAGGUUCGGCCAGAAGACAAACAGAGAGAAGAAGCGAAGCCAAAAGUCCUCAUUAUAGGUGGCCCGUACCCAAACGACUCUUACCUAGCAAACGUACAUUUGCCUGUUUUGUUGCGAAUCAGGGACCGCUUGCGGGAAGCUUGUAAGGACAUUGAGUUCCGAACUCAAAGCAAGCCAAGCAAAUCUGGUGAGUCUUCCUUCCGUAUAGUUUUCAUCGAUUUUCUACGUCCCGACUUCCCAUUGCACGAUGGUAAAGGGUGUUGGGGCACAGGAUUAGCCUGUGAUCCCAGCCACCCCAAUGACAAAGGACAUGAAAUCAUGUGGGACAUAUUUCGAAAAACUAUACUUGAAGAGAUUGAAAAUGGACAAUCGCGCACAAGCACAUUUGAUCAGAAUCACGGUGCAUCUUCUUGCGCGCGACGGUCAGUACUAUUUCCCAUUGAAAAAACUCUUCAAAACCAC